CGCCACAACAACAGACAGGUGAGAAACUUUCACGUCUUGGCGGGGUUUUCUCACGAUUCUAACUCCUUCUGAGGAAUCAGACGCGCCCUGUCGCCACAGAAUCGUCCUACAAACAUCCAGGAUUCAGAGAAGACCAUCUGACAGCGCUUGUUGUCGUGUUUACUGUUAGUGUUUACGCCGAAUUCUGGUUGUGGUGGUGAGGAAAGAUGACUGAAGCAGCAGGUGAACCCAAGAAGGAGGAGGCGCACGACUUCAGACGUCUUCACAGCUAUCCGCUCAUCAGGCACUCAGACAUGAAUGAGGAGAUGAGAACAGAAGCCAUGGAGUUGUGUGUGACGGCCUGCGAGAAGUUUGCUACAAAUAACGAGACUGCUGCCCGUAUGGUGAAGGAGAGCAUGGAUAAGAAGUUUGGGUCCUCCUGGCAUGCUGUGGUGGGGGAGGGCUUCGGCUUUGAGAUCACACAUGAAGUCAAGAACCUUCUCUACAUGUUCUUUGGUGGGGAGAAGGCUAUCAUUGUAUGGAAGUGUUCGUAGAGUGAGAACCAUCUUCUGUAUAGUUUAUUAGAUCUAAAUUAAGUGCCUACAGCAACAUUCUUCAGUCCCCAGUGUACAUAUGCUGCCAUUUGGCAUCUCGCAAGUGCUAAUGGUUAGUUGCCUUGACCAAGCUGUCUUUUGAGCAAGGUUGGCAGUACAUAGACUUUCCAUGAAUGUAUGGAAAUGUGUUACCAGGCAAUGUUUUCCUACAGAUACAAUAAGCCCUUCAGUUUUGUUUGAUAAACUUAAACUUGGUUCUUUGAAAUCUACAAUGUUGCCAAUUCUAUCUUUAACUGCAUGUAGCUUGGUUUCAAGUUGAUUCGAAGAUGUACAGUGAGAUGGCACAGUGGUAUUCUGAUAUUGCCACCAUUCAGGUGAAGAUAAAUUUUAUAUCUGUGAAGCACCUCAAAAUUGCUGUGAAAUUUUGGAUUUACAAAAUGUAGUCUUAGAGUGAUACCUUGACACCCCAGAUGUAAAUAUUUAUUUCACACCCAAGUUAAUAUGAAUUCUGAAAAACUUGUAUUGUUUGUAGCAAAUGACAUUGUAUGUUAUAAUAGGUGAAGGAAAAUUAAAGAAAAAAACUUUUCAAUCUA